UUUAUCCAUUCAUUCAGCAAUGGAUGUAGUGCUGGAUUCUGCUCGGACGCGCAGACAGUAAUGCCCUACACCCUUCAAAUAACUCACUUAAAGGGCUCUGCCCUUCAAAGGGAGUAGGGCAUAGGGAUCCUCACUUCCGUUCGGUGUUCGCCCCAAAUGACGACGAACUGGCGACGGUCUCACAACGUUCUGUUUUAGCUGCGUCCUCUCGCCGCUACACUCCAGUCCAGCGGGUGGCGCUAAACACAUACGUUUGUUUGACAAACACCAUUAAACCUCAGAGGAAGAAGACUAGUUUAACCGCGCUCUCUGUUGUUUUGUCGUGAUGCUGGUUUAAUACAAACGGUUAGACAUGUUUCUUAGAGAAAAUACAGUUUUCGAAUCAGGUCAAUAAAUACCCGUAAUAUUCUCGUCCUCACAGUCGUGACUAAGUGUUGAAGCACUUCUUCUGAUCUUGAGGAGUAUCAUCUGAACUGAGAUCUACUACUGUGAAGAUGGAGUUUGUUAAAGAAGAGAGUGAAGAGAACACGAGUGAACCAGAAACCUGGAGAAUAAAACACGAGGAACCAGAAACCUGGAGAAUAAAACACGAGGAACCAGAAACCUGGAGAAUAAAACACGAGGAACCAGAAACCUGCAUAUCUCACGAGGAACAAGGAGAGUUCAUUGAAGAAAAAGAGGAAAAUGAAGAAUCAAGUGAAGUUGAGGAGAAAAAUCAUGUCAAAACUGGUGGAAAACCUUUGAGUUGCUCUCAAACCAAACAGAAAGAUUUAAAGAAAAAAAGAGUUAUGAAUUCCUUCACCUGCACUCAGUGUGGAAAUGGAUUCACACACAAAACAAGUUUUGAGCGUCACAUGAGAAUUCAUACUGGAGAGAAAUCGCACACUUGUGAUCAAAGCGGGGAGAGUUUCAAACAAUCAGCAAACCUUAAUAUACACAUCAACAUCCACACUGAAGAGAAGCAGCACGCAUGUGAUCAAUGCGGUAAAAUGUUUUUAUGGGCUUCACUUCUGAAGAAACACUUGAAAGUUCAUGCAAAGGAGAAGCCACAUCCAUGUCAUUUGUGUGGUAAGAGUUUUUCGCAUCUACAAAGUUUGAAAGUACAUCAGAACAUACAUACUGGUGUGAGAGAGUACAUGUGCUUUGAGUGUGAAAAAGCUUUUAGUUCAGCGUGCUGUUUAAAACUGCAUGAGAGGAUCCACACUGGAGAGAAGCCUUACAAGUGUUCACACUGUGACAAGAGAUUCAGCCAGUCAGUACAUCUAAAAACACAUGAAAUGAUCCACACUGGAGAGAAACAUUAUAAGUGUUCACACUGUGACAAGAGAUUCAGUCAGUCAUCAAAUCUGAAAACACAUAAGAGGAUCCACACUGGAGAGAAACCUUUUAGGUGUUUACACUGUGACAAGAGAUUCAGUCAGUCAACAGAUCUGAAAAAACAUAAGAGAAUUCACAAUGGAGAGAAACCUUACAAGUGUUCACACUGUGACAAGAGAUUCAGUGAUUCAUCAAGUCUGAAAAGACAUGAGAGGAUUCAUACUGGAGAGAAACCUUAUAAGUGUUCACACUGUGACAAGAGAUUCAGUCAUUCAGCAAGUCUGAAAAGACAUGAGAGGAUUCAUACUGGAGGAAAACCUUGUAAGUGUUCACACUGUGACAAGAGAUUCAGUCAUUCAGCAAGUCUGAAAACACAUGAGAAGAUCCACACUGGAGAGAAACCUUACAAAUGUUCACACUGUGACAGGAGAUUCAAUCAUUCAGCAAAUCUGAAAAGACAUGACAGACUUCACAAUGGAGAGAAACCUUAUAAGUGUUCACACUGUGACAAGAGAUUCAUUCAGACAAGAGAUCUGAAAACACAUGAGAGGAUCCACACUGGAGAGAAACCUUACAAGUGUUCACACUGUGACAAGAGAUUCAGUGAUUUAUCAAAUCUGAAAAAACAUGAGAGGAAUCACACAGGAGAGAAACCUUUUAGGUGUUCACACUGUGACAGGAGAUUCAGUCAUUCAACAGAUCUGAAUAAACAUGAGAGGAUUCACACUGGAGAAAAAGCGUAUCACUGCAAUGUACGUGGGAAGCAUUUCAUUAAGUCAUCUGUUAUGCACAGUCAUAUAAAAAACAAUCACAGUAAGGCCCCAUACACACGGAGACGCAUUAAGCUGUAUAUGUAAAUAUUUUGUAUGGUAUAUGUGUUUCAUCCAGACGGAUCUGGCAUUUUGGGAGAGUGAAAUCGCAAUUUUUUUGGUUUUGGGUGCCU